AUGUGCAUGCAUGUGUUGCGAGCAAGAAAAGACUUCAACUUUGACGGUCAGGUGUACAAAGAGGUGCAAGUCAACUUGACUGCAACACGCACUAUUGUAAACUGGGGAACGGUAUUAUUAAAACAAAAGAAAUCGCCUGAAGAGAGCCAAGCUCAGAAACGCGUCGCGGGGGAGAAGCUCUCAUCCAGAUUAGAGCAAAUUGACGUCAUUAAAACCACUUUGAAAAAUAAAAACGUCGUUCAGAACAAGGUCAACAAAAAUUUGGAUGAUUACGACCACCAGAAAGAUGAAGACGAGAAGAGGAACAUCAGCCUGGGUGCCGAUAACAUAGAACUGACUGAAGACCAGGAAGGCAAUGCAAUUGAAGUUAUAAUUUCACAACGCCAGAACGAUGCCAACAACAUUGACUAUAUUCUCUUCGAACCCAUUGACUCAUUGCCUAAGGAUUGA